CAGACUACUCUCCUCGCUUCUCGGUCGCUGUUUUGAAUGUUGACACCUACCUUCACUCAUCAUCAUGCCAGUUGAGCCCGCCUCCCCCUCUCCAGAGCCCUUUGAGCGCUCUCCAUCCCCCGACUUCGGCUCCCGUGGCGGCGCAUCCGGAGACGGCCCCAAGGUCCGCGGCCGCCGCUUUACCGAACAUGACAUUCAGAAGCGCCGACUCGAGAAGCUCCUAGCCAACCCCGACAAGGAAGUGGUGCUGCCCGAGGGCAUGGGACUCAAGAUGGGGCGCACACCCAAAGACACGCUGAAGAAUAUAUCGGGUUCGUCAGCGGCGGCGGGUUCUGGCGAAUUCCACAUCUACAAGCACAGCCGUCGGCGCGAGUACGAGCGCGUCAAGGCGAUGGAGCGCCAGACGCGAGAUCUCGAGGAACAAGCGGCGUUCAUGGCGCGGCAGGCGGAACGCGACCGCAUUGCCGCGGAAAAGACGGCCAAGAACCGCGCUAGACGCCAGAAGCGUAAACAUCGUGGCGGAGAGCCUGCGAGUAAGGGGCACGAGCCAGAUGGCAAGAGGAGCAAGUUUGCCAACGGCGGCGAGACGCAGGAGCAGCGCGAGGAGCGCGAGGAGCACGGGGAGGUGAACACUGUCGCAGAAGUGCAGGCAGCACAGGCAGCGGCAGCAGCUGGCGAUUCGGCGGAGCGGCGUGCUGAAGUCUCGAUCACGGUGGUCGACGACGAGUAGUUGUAUCAUGUAAGCAUAGUGUAUGAUCUUGGCGGGGGUGGCCUCAGCGCGAGCAUUGUGUUCACAACUGUUGCAUCAUUAUAGGAACGCUGAGCGAGAUUGAGCCCGCCUGACCUCGAGUAAUCGUGGUUUGAAGUAUUUCGCAGAAUGCAGCAGACCACACCUUCGCAGCUAGGCAGCUAGCUGGGCAGGCAGUCAUGA